UUCCUCAUCAGAGGUCUCCUCAGCUGAGCAGCAGGCAGCAGUGCUCUGUACUAGGCUGCACAUGGAGACUGGACUGAAGAUGAAGUUAAUUCUGUUCUUGCUUCUUAUCAUCCUCCAGGUUGAGCCCCUAAACAGCACAGUCAAGCAGAUCCAGCAGUGUGGAGUUCACUGUUCUAAGGGGCUACACUGUAAAUCCAGGCAUCACUUGUCACUGUCUCGCUGCAAAAAUCAGCAAGACCUGAACAAUGCCACUACCAUUGAUGAUGUCAAUCUGUCUGUUGUUAUGAAAUGUGAAGAAGAAAAAUGUUCACUCAACCUCAACAUUGUCAUAAUGAUGACACUUUACGAUGGUGUCCGUGGUGUUGUAAUGUGUGUGCACUCUGCUGGGAUGUUGGAACGCUGCCAGAUUGUAACCUUUCCUCACAAGGCCAGAAAACAUGUCGCUGAGAAAAAGGUUGAGGUUCAGUAUGACUGUUUUUCAGUCAGGCCCGAACAAGAUGUGUUUGUGACUCUGAAAACUGCCCCAAAUUUCUGCAAUAAUGUUUGGACACAAAAAUACUCCAUUCCAGAAUGUGCUCAUGAAGACUUCAGGAGAAAAGUUACGGAGUGCAUCACUGGAGAGCUGACGUACACAGUGGACGCUGCCAGGAGAGAAAUUACAGUGAUGGUGCUGGAGGCCCCUAAGGACACAGACUACAACCUUAGACUCUGUCUCAAAGGCCAUACUUGCAUAGGAACAGGACCACACAGACUGAUCAAAAGACAAGAUCUGAAUAGAAAUGAGUCAUUUCUGUACUCCAAGGCUCUUCCUUGUUUGUGCAUUGAGGGCUGGCCUGCAUCUGCAAAUGCACACAGAACUCAAGUUUGUCCAUUUAAAAAUAACAUGCAGGAGUUGUGGUCAGGGGUGACCUAUGACCACUACACACAGGCUCUGUCUUGGAAACCCAUGUGUCCUGUCAAGGCAGUCAUCUCGCUGUGUCAUGCUGUUGGACCAAAGAUGUGCCUUGACAUUGGAAACAUGUCUCUGUCUUCUGAAAGGAACAACGUGAUAUUUACAACAGUGGAUCCACACCCACUGCUUUGCAUGAAGUUCACCACUGAGGCAGACUUUUGGAUAGAGUGCCCAUUCAGUUCUGAACGUUUCCCAGUGUGGGACCUGAAAGUGGCUUCUAAAGCUGAUCAGCACUGGGUUGAGAUAACGUCAUGGGUUCCAGCCAGGUUUUCAGUGGGUCUGUGCAAGAUAUCCAGCUCCACUACUUGCGAACCAGCUGAAGAAAACCCAUUUUUAAUAGUCUCUGUGGACAAAACAAAGCCUGCAGUUGUCAACUUGUCGACGAGUAUGUGCAACUCAAGUAUUUGUGUUCAGGUGAGGAGAAUAGAUGUACUGUUGGCCAUACAGGAACAGCGAUGCAACCUCCAGUGCUCUGACCAGCGGUUUGAUCAGUGGAGUUACAGUGAGACUCUUGAGAAAUACGCACUGCCACUCAUUGUCUGUGUGAUAGCAUUGAUGAUGGCUGCUUUGGUCGGGAAUGUGACAUUGAAAGUCUGUGGUUGGGGGCAAAGAAAGCAGAAACCAGGCAAAAUCCCUACAUGCAGGGCUGCAGCAGAAACAGAGACCCUGAUCCACACAGUGAGCGAGGACAUGGAUACAGGGCUGCGUGUGGCCUAAGGCUAUGGGUGAUCAUUGUUUGGCUGCAAUACGAGACUGUAAGUGGAGCCGCCAACAGAAGUAGUUUUGGCGCCUUGAUCAUCUUGGUCUGAAUUUCGCAGGUUAUAUGUUUUUCACAGUUAUGCUUUUAAAUGUACAUUACUCACAAAUGUGUUUCUGAAUAUGAUUACAUAUUCUGUACAUGGUUUUAUGUGGUAUGUCUAUACCAGCUUUUUUAUUUUUGGUCAUUGGGUGUAAAAGCUGAUUGUCUCUCUGUCUCUCUCUUUCUUGCUCAUUCUCUCUCUCUCUCAUUAGUAAUAGAUUACAAUUGUUAGUUCAUGUCAAGUCAAGUGGUCUUUAUUGUCAUUCCUCAGUGUAACUUGUGUACAUUGGAAUGAAAUGUUGUUCUUCAGGCCCCAUGGUGAAACACAUAACAACAUCACAUUACACAGAACUACAUAAAGUGCAGAUGCACACACAUAUAUAUACACACACAUACAGUGCCUUGCAGAAGUAUUCAACCCCCUUAAUCAUCUGGAUUGCAAAUGACACUUCAAUGUUUUGUUCUAUUAUAUUUUAUUUUAAAAGACUUACUCUGAAAAUUAAGUAACUUCAAGUUGUAUCAGUUUUAUUAGAAACCUAUUCUGUGACAAAAAUUAUUAACUGAAAAAUGGUGUUUGCAUAAGUAUUUUACCCCUGUGCUGUGAAAGCUCCUAGUUCACACAAGUACCCUUGGUCAGACUGUGAAUCUCAAGGAAAGCUGUAAAAAAUGAAGACUAAAGAGCAUUUUAAGGAAAUUAGAGAUAGUUAUGAACAUGCACAAAAAAAAAAUAAAAAGGCUACAAAAUAAAAUCCAAGUGUUUGGAUAUCCUAGUGAGUGCUUUUGGAUCAAUUGUGUGGAAAUGCAAGCUGCAUCAUACCACCUGUCAAAACUCAGCAUCAGAGCAAGAAGGCGACUAGAGAGUCCAACAAUUACUUCGAAGAAGCUACAGAGUUUAGUGGCUGAUGCUGGAGUGAAGGUGCAGCAGUCAACAAUAUCAAGAGCUCUGCAUACAACUGACCUGUAUGGGGGGGUGGCUAGAGAGAAGCCAUUACUGAAGAAAAACAACAUAGCAUAUGUAUACUUAGACGCGAGAUAAGAUUUUGUGGUCAGAUGAGACAAAAAGGUGAAAGUUCUACAAUGUCCAAGUCAAAGUACAGAUCUCAGUCUAAUCAAGAAUUUGUGGUCAAAAUCUGUGGUCAAAAUCUCUCCCAGUGUGCAAAGCUGGAAGAAACUCAGAAUUAAAGAUGUUAUUCCAGCAGAAGGUGGUUCUACCAAGUACUAACCUGAAGGGGUUGAAUACUUCUCCAAGCAGCAUUUUUUAUUUUUAGAUCUGCUGACAAAUAAUGAAUUUUGACUCAAAAAUUUACUUUGAGAACAUUGGUUUUGAAUAAAAAUACUGUCUGGAACAAUUUGCGUGUCAUUUGUAAUCCAGAUAAAUCUGACUUUUAAGGGGGUUGGAUACUUCUGCAAUGCUGUAUAUAGAUGAGCAUCAAACUAGUGCAAACAUUGUCAUCUAUAAACUGUACAGAAAGAUUGAAGUUGUUAAAACCAGAACUGUUUAUAGGCUCAUAUAAUGUAGACUACUGUUUGACAUUAUUGAACUUGUACAUUAAAUGGCUCUUUUUCUAUCUGCAUGUGCA